CUGAACGUCACUUGCAUCUUCACUGGAGCGCAUCUGCACCUUUGGACUUUGUCGGUUUCAGGCCUGUCUCUGCCUAGACCGCAAGUAUGGCCGAAGAUAGCGUACACCCUUUACUGGUCGACGACGCAGAGGCGAGACUCAUACAUAGACUCAGAGACUUGGACGAUGAAGAUGAAGAUACUCCGGAGCGCACCCAAAAGCUGAAAAGUGCAGGUACGGUGCAUCUCAAAGUAUCUGUGAGCGACCGUGAAUUCGAUGACACUUAUCCUGUGCCGGCUACUGCUCUUAUCUUCGGCUGUGCCGAGGUUGGCUUAAAGAUACAGGAGAAGCUUUUGUCACAGCAAUGGAUCGACGGUGCAGGAGCACAACCACAUGACCCCUUGGUGGACGCGCAAGGUCACGUCGAUGAAGGCCUCUCGCAAUUGGUCAAUGGGGAUAUAUCUGAAGAGACGAUAUCCUGGGGCAAAGUCCGAUCCGAGGUUCUGCCUUCUUACAUUCAGAACGUUACAUUUACCAUCGCAAAGACCGAUCUAACGGACGAUCGACAAAAGGAGCUACAAGAAAAGUUCCCCGGCGUUACGAUCACGGUAAAAGAAGCCCCCACCUCCCAACCUCUCUCUGGGCCAAAUCGUUCGGCCAAACGUCUAGCCGCUCCCGACUAUCUCUUGGAAAAGCCGAACGGGGUUAAACGGGCAAUCUUCGAGCUCGAUAAAGAUGCUACCACUGAAGACGAUGCUCUGGAGGCCAACAUCCGCAAGCAGUACCCCUGGGCAACUGUCGCAACGGCAACGGCGAUCAAUGUACCCAUCGAACCGAGAGCGUUUCGCCAAACGGCGCCUGUGGUUGGUGAUAUAGAAAGUCAGCUGCAAGAUUUUGCGACUUUCAUGAAUGACUACCCUCCAGACGGAUUGUUUGAUGUCAAUGUGCGCCAUGAUCAGAUUUGGGGCACUCUACCUUUUUCAAGGAAGAUGAAUAUCGCACACGCUCGAGCGAUCCAAUCCGGCCAUUACAGUGAAACCCGAGCACCUGCUACACGCUGCGGGACAUGCCAAAGGAACAAUUACGCCUGUAAAGUCUACAGGCAAGACUUUAUUGAAAAGGUUGCAUCAACCAACCACAUAAAUCUCGGAGAAGGAUGCCAACAUUGCCGGCUGCUGGGUAACAAGUGCGGACUGCCACCAUACCGUGCAUGUUUCGCUUCGCCACCGGCAAGAGAUGAUCUCGGGAUGGCCGAGCCUCCUGGACUCGGGAGAGCAUAUUCUGGGGAUCUGUUAAGCGAGGCGGCUGUGACGCCCCAAGCCUCCCGCCAGGUUCGUCUUGCAAUCCGAUCCGGCAUAGAGCAGUUUCCACCUGUGACGAAUGUUGGGAAUGACGGCUUCACGAGUAAGACCGACAUGAUUGAGCUCGCCCAGCAAUUGGGCCUGACACUUGCACAGCCUGACAUUCUCUGGACAAUGUACACAUCAUGGAGAGAGCGUAGUACCUUUCGUAACUACGAUCCAGGCUUGAUGAACUUGCAAUAUUACUACGUUAACCUGGUCAACUUGCACAUUAUGGCUCGGAACAUUUGCUACUCAAAGCUGGAAUUUGCCACGCUCCUCCAAUUCCAAUUCACAAACUUAGAGCAGGAAGACAACCUACCCGACAUCAACAAGCCUGUGAUCAAGGCAUUCGAACAUUUUCCUGCUGAUGCCCCGCUAUGCCGGUGGAUCGCCAUAGUUUACUCUUAUGUAUGGAAUACUGUCGAAGACGGAGACUACGAAGCAUUUCUCAGGAAGAACAGCGGUCUUGAUCCUGUGGCUCUCUGUAAAUUCCUGUACGCUGUCGCCUACGUACGCGACCCUCAUACCAAAGGCGGCAACUCGGCUGUGCUUCAAGAGUGGUGUUCGGUGCACAAUCAUGUCGAAGGUUCUGCAGAAGAUAAACAAUGCAUGACGGCAGAAAGAGCCUGCAAAAACAGAUUGAUGGCGACCCGGAGUUCGCCAAACAAGGCUGAUGAUGGACAAAAUAAACCGAGCAAGCGUCCAUUUGAUGGUCGUCCUGGACGUAAACAGGACAAGAAGUUCAAGCACAAUGACGGUUAUCAGCAUGACCCUCGACCAAAGUCCAGAUCCUCAGCGGUAGAGGAGGACAUGAGGCGUGAUGGAGACGACAGUACAGAUGAUGAAGAUUGCAUUGGCGAAGACUUUGCUAGGGACAGUACGGGCAUCGUUUCUCGAUCGCUUGGGAACGCAGGAUAUGAUAGGCAACAGCCCAAUACUCCAGCUAGACAGACCGUCGGAACCAAUGAUCCCCCCAGCCGGAAGCGUGCGCGUCCUCGAAAGAACAACCUUGUAGACGACGUGAAUGAAAGCAGUGCACAGGCUCUGAAAGGAUCGCGUGUGCACAGUGGUCUAGCAGCAAUGAUCAGCAGCGAGCAUCUCGACUCUCUUCCUUUCAACUCGGACUUCGACCUAGGCAAAGCCCUGGACGAUGAGGAUACUGAAUCUACCCGAGCAAGCACGGCAGAAAGACUGCCGGAGACGCUGCAGAGGAGCAUUGCGCGCAGCGAGGAGCCUACAUCUGAGCGAAGGAGCGCGCGCGCAAAAGCUCACCCGCCAGGUUUCUUUCGGCAGAACCUACCCAAGAGCCAGUUUGCGAACACGAUGUGGGGUGUCUUCAAGGAUGAUUAGGGUGACGUUGGGACGAGAAUGGUGCGAGUGGUUGAGUACGGUUAUGGUAUUCGCACUCACAAGCAAGAUACCCUGAUAGCGCUUCGUUCGCCGGUGACUGGCUAGGUCUAGGAGUACAUGUACACAUGGUGUGGAUGGGCUUUGGCCUGUUUGCAAUGCACGUGGGUGCUUCGGUGUCGUCCUGGCAUUGCAUAUAGGUCGAGUGUUGGAUAAGCAGGCCAGGCGCCCCU